GCAAAAAUAUAUGAUGACCUGAACUGCUGUGUGAAUUCAUCUUUCAACUAACAAGGCAAUGUUGUGCUGCUUGUUUUCGCUAAUAGCUCGUCACACGUUUCAUCCUGUAUGAAUUCGGCUUUCAACUAACAUGGCAAUGUAGGACUGCUUGUUUUCACUAACAGCUUGCUCGUUUUAUAGCAAAGGUCUGCAACAAAGGUGACAUUUCCCCUAGUUUGGACAAAUACCUGCUGCAGCCACCCUCUUUACCGCGAGUCUGAGCUUAUAGAAGAGAAUUAUCUUGGAGUGAGGAAUGCCGCACAGCGGAAGCUGUUGGAUGAGCUGGGCAUUCCUUCUGAAGACCUGCCUAUUGAGCAGUUCAUUCCUCUUGGCCGAAUGCUUUAUAAGGCUCCAUCAGAUGGAAAAUGGGGGGAGCAUGAGCUUGACUAUCUGCUCUUCACCAUCCGGGAUGUGAAGCUGCUCCCAAAUCCUGAUGAAGUAGCUGACGUCAAGUAUGUUAAUCGGGAUCAGCUGAAGGAGCUUCUGCAAAAGGCAGAUGCUGGGGAAGAUGGGGUGAAGCUGUCCCCGUGGUUCAGGCUGGUUGUUGACAACUUCCUAAUGAAUUGGUGGGACCACGUUGAGAAAGGGACUCUCCGCGAGGCAGCAGACAUGAAGACCAUCUAUAAGCUGAAAUAGAACCUGUCGCCAGUCCUUAUUAUCUGGUUUUGCAUGAAACAGUUUUGAUUAAUGUUUUCUCCAAAUAAAGUACCUCUACCCGCUGGCAGGAUAUUUGAGCUUAAACUGUGAUGCAAAGCUUUUCAAUUGGCAAUUUUGUUCUUGAAUGAAACUUACAUUGAUUUGAACAUGAUCUUUUCUUUUUUCCCCUUGUGAAAGCCUUGUUUAGGAGAGAGAACUAGAAGCUUAAUCAAUCAGAGCAUCUAGCAGAAUAAAUACAAGCUACUAAUAAGACUUUUA